AUGGCGGCACAUCCUGGAAUGCCGCGUAACCUCUCGUACUCAAAGGUUGCUAGAGCCUUAGCUGGUGAAGAGCUUAGAGAUCGUGAGGUAUUACCUUUGGAUUCUGGUAUUACUGCUCGAGAAGAAGGGCGAUUCGUUUUUGAAUGCGCUUGGGAAGUUGCAAACAAGGUCGGUGGAAUCUAUACGGUACUUAGAAGUAAAGCUCAGAUUAGUAUAGAGGAGUUAGGUGAUCAGUAUUGUAUGUUUGGCCCAAUGAAAGAUGACAGAUGGCGACUUGAAGUUGAAAAGGUUGAACCGGAGAAUAGGCAAGUUUUUUACGAAAUUUUUCCAAAACUUUACCGAAACAAGCAUUCUCCCACUUGUAGGACCAUUAGAGCAGCAAUGAAGCUAAUGCACGCUUCAGGGUUUAAGGUUAGAUCUUUCAGACUUUUUUUGAAUUUUUUUUCUAUUUUCUAUAAAAUUAAAUUCGGCUUACAGUGCAUGUAUGGCCGAUGGCUUAUCGAUGGUUACCCAAAAGUGAUCUUAUUCGAUAUUGGAUCAGGUGCACGUAAAAUGAAUGAGUGGAAACAGGAGUUAUUCGAUCGCUGUCGAAUUGGUAUUCCACAUGAAGAUAUCGAAUCAAAUGACUCUGUAAUUUUUGGAUUCAUGGUGGCUAUUUUUCUCAAAAAUUUCCUCGAAUCUAUCUCCAGCUAUCAACCUUUAGUUGUAGCACAUUUCCACGAAUGGCAAGCAGGUAUUGGAGUUCUGAUGUCCCGAUUAUGGAAGUUAGAUGUCGCAACUGUCUACACCACACAUGCUACCCUUUUGGGUAGACAUCUUUGUGCUGGUGGUUGUGAUUUCUACAAUAAUCUUACCAAUUUCAAUCUUGAUGAGGAGGCUGGAAAACGACGGGUGGGUUCU